AUGCACGCUUCAAGGAAUGCAACUUCUCAUCACUUCACCACCAGCGAUGGUGUGAAACUUCAUUACCUGGAGCAGGGGAGUGGGCCUGCUCUUGUUCUACUGCCGGGCUGGACGCAGCCGGCGGUGGGGUUCGCGGGGCAGCUUGAGGCGCUCUCGGGUGAGUUUCGUUGUUUGGCGCUCGACUACCGAGGGCACGGCGAGUCGGAACGGCCCGACCAUGGCUAUCGUGUUUCGCGGUUGGCGAAGGAUUGCCUGGAUUGGUUCGAGCAUUUGGGGCUCACCGAUGCCGUGCUGUUGGGGCAUUCGGCCGGCUGUACGGUGAUUUGGAGUUUCAUCGAGCUUUUCGGCCAAGACCGAAUCCGGGGACUGGUGCUCUGCGAUGAAAUGGUGGCCAUGAUUCAGCGUAGCGAAUGGUCGGAUCAGGAGUGCCGCAACUACGGGGCGAUGCUGACGGCCGGCGAAGCCCAAGGAAUGGCUUCCGAGUUGGUGGGCGAGCAUGGUGAGGACGUGCUGCGCGAAUUCAUUUCGGGUGCAUUCGGCCCUGAGUUUCCCCAGGCGAACGUCGAACGCGUGAUGGAAGGUAGCCUGCGGGUGCCACUACCGGCAGCAGCGAUGAUGAUGCUGAGCGUGAUGCAUAUGGACUACCGUGAUUUACUUCCGCGGAUCGAACGUCCGACGCUUUGCAUCGGCGGUAAACAGAGCCACCUCGGGCCCGACGCCAUGCCGUGGAUUGCCUCUCAGAUUCCCGGUGCUGAAGUGGCGAUGCUUGAUACCCGUCACUUCGUUCAUCUGGAAGCACCGGAUGAAUUUAAUGCGGUGGUGCCAACGUACUACGUGGAGGUGGUUGGAGAGGGCGGGGUUGAUGGCUCCGCGGAUGGGGGUGGCUCCGGGCACUCGGAGGUUGAGGACGCCGGGGUAGGGGGCUUCGGCUCCGUAGCCGCUGAUGCCGGGGGCCCAAAUGUUUUCGACUUGGAUCGUUGUGCGGUAGGCGGCGAGUUGUUCGAAGACGAGUUCGUGCUGAGAUUCGAGCGGGUCGAGCAGGGUGAGCUUCGCGACCGGUUCGCCUGUGCGGUACAAGAGCGACUGGGCGGCCGAGGCCAUCACGAUGCAGCCGACGCUGUGCCCGAUGAGUUGCGUGCACUGGGGCUUCACUCCGCGGGCGAGCAACGCCGCGGCGAGGCAGCGACCUUGAUCGGCGGCAUGCUGGGCGUUCACCUUCGGGCGCAGGCUGACGAACGUAUCGGCGUUCCAAUUCCAGAACAGAACGUUGACGUUCGAGCCCCAGCGGCAGCGAAUGAUCGCUGCGUAGGUUUGUGGAAAGGUGAAGUGGAAGCAGCGGGGGCAGGGGUUGAAGCCGUGGGUGAUGACCACUGUGGGCUUGCAGCCAUCCACGGGGUCGCAGGGUCCUGCGCAGAGGGAGAGGUUCACCAGUUCGCCCCGCGCAUCGUCACCACCGGGCGCGAUCAGUUCGCGGUCGCCUCCGCAGCCCAGGCUGAGGGCGACCAUCAUUGGUACGGCAAGCGUGGUGAACAUCGAAGUGGCAUCCUUCUCCGUUGUUUUCUCCUGCAACGGAUAUCGUCCUGGGCGCAAGCGACGCGUGAGCGUGGGCGGCAAUCUGCGGGAACCACCACGUCUGGGACAACGCUCUGCGCCGAACCUGUCGAUGGUAGCGGACGUUGA